UUAUCGUUAUCUUAUUUCAUAAACAAAAGUUCGUUUGAUCCUCUCUCUGAUCUCCACUUUACCCCACACACCCCCACAUAUCCCAACAUCCAUACACUCAUAUAUCCUCUGCAGCGUUUUUUGCGCUCUAACUCUCUUUCUCCACAUCCUUUCUUCGUCUUUAUCACUUUUACUGUUCGUUUUCCACAGCAUAUACAAAAAGAUGUCGACUGCACUGAACACUACACAGCUCCUUCAGGACUACCAGGCAAGCAAGUUUGAAUCCGAUUCUAGAUCUUGGCACCACCACCGUACAGUUGACAGGAUCUGGCCGUCGGCAUUGGAGGUCAGGGUUGCACAAUGGUCCAUGGAGGAUAUCCACCACAACGAACACGAGCGGUCUCAUCAGCAUGUUGGUAGAGCCUGGUCUUCCUCUCAUAUCACCCCUGCUCCUCCAUCCUCGAGCCACAAGAACAGCGACCAAGGCGACGACCGUGGCUAUGACACCGACAAUGGAUUUGAAUUUGAUCAUGAUGACGACGACAGGACAGAGCGCCAUAGAGAAGGACCACAUCGAUGGCACAGACGUUCAGCUUCGUACAUCAUUCCUCUGACACUCGCCACUGAAGCAAUACAUUCCAAGAGUGCGACGGCGGUCGAGAGCAAAAGAUCAAACAAGCACCCCAACGGCUAUUCAGGCGACAGCGCUCCCCCCACACCCUUUUUCCUCGCCAGUACCAUGAUCGAGAGCAAAAGCAGCAUCAGCGACCUGAGUCCAGCAGACGCCGAAACGGACCCAAUAACAGAGGACUCUCUUGCGGAGGAGACGCUAAUGAUUUAUACCCCGCAGGCUGUACGGACCUCUCAGAGCUCGACUCCGUGGUUCACCCACUUCUCCUCCACAGCCUCGUCCCCAACUCUCUCCAGACGGCCAUCACUAACCCGUGCGACCUCCCCACAAACGUUCAUGCUACAGGGGUUCUUGGCCCGCCAUUCUAACGGCCAUAUUAUGUACCGCAGACCGAUCAACUGCUCGGCCGAAUGCUCCGAUGGCUGCAGUUCUUCUGGAUCGGAGGAGGAGGACGGCUCAGCAACUCAGUCGUUCGGCACAGAUGAGGAAGAAGAGUUGGACGAUCGGUUCAUUUUGCUGGCACAGAGUCCCAAUCCCAAUGAGUUUGAAUACUCAGAGUUCUUUAACACAGAGGCAGAGAAAAAGACGAGGCUGCACCAGGCGGACAGCCCCGUUUUCUUCAAUGGGUUCCCGCUUCUCCAGAUGACGGCGAUGGACAGGGGUUAACGCCUUUAAAUAGUACCGAAAAACGUCAAACAACAUAGACUACGAAGUAGAAUAAUAAAUUUUUAUUGCAGC